AUGGGAAAUAGAUGGCACUAUGUCAUUACCGGACCCGAAGACACUCCCUACCAUGGGGGUCAAUAUUGGGGUACGCUCAUGUUUCCUCCGAACUACCCGUUCGCACCGCCGGCCAUUCGAAUGCACACCCCCUCUGGUCGCUUUCAACCAUCCACUCGACUCUGCCUCUCCAUUUCCGAUUUUCACCCCAAGUCGUUCAAUCCCGCCUGGGAGGUGUCGACCAUCCUCAUCGGCCUCCUCUCCUUCAUGACGAGCGACGAGAUGACGACGGGCUCCGUCUCGACGACGGCGACGGAGAGAAAAUAUCUCGCCUCGCGUUCUCGGUGGUGGAACUCGACCGGCGGCGGCUCACACGCCAAGAACCCGGCGCAGAAGGGCAACGUCAAGGCGGGCGACGGGGGGGCCAAGUUUCGCGGCGAGUGGCCCGAGGUUGACGCGGAGAACUGGGAAUGGAUCAAGAAGAACAAGCUUGAUCCGGCGACAGGAAACCGUUUGGACGGAGAGAACGGCUCAUCAUGCCGGCCUCAGCUCGGGAUAGCGAGCCCAAGCGGAAACCAAGCUCAAGCAGUCGUGGACGCUGUGGUGCAGCAGCGCGAUGCUGGCCGCGGCUGGAUAUACCGGAACAAGCUGCUUGUUGCUGGUGCCGCUAUUUUCAUUUACGUCCUCAUCGCAAGGUUGGUUCAUGGUGAUGGCUUGGCUUAG